AUGUUUUUAUUAAUCUUAUCCUUAAGGCCUAUUAUCUUAACUAAUAUUAUACUUCUUUUAAUAAAAGUAAAAAAUAUUUUAUAUCUGCAGAUUCCUUAUAUUAUAUAA